AUAAUAACCCUGCUACGACAAAGGAUAAUCAAGUACACAAAUCUCCGAAUUUCAUUCCUUUGGUCUCUCCUUACAUCUUGUAGUACUUAUUAGCUGCCUGGGAGCAGCAUUCUACCUUCCAUGGAUUCUCUAAUCCCAUUCACAACAUCAGGAUCACUGGUAGAUUGCGUGGACAGAAAAAUGUUGGUCGUCCUCAGAGACGGGCGAAAACUACACGGUGUACUACGGUCUUAUGAUCAAUUCGCCAACCUCGUCCUCGAAGAUACCGUCGAGCGAAUAUACCACGGUAAAGCAUUCGCAGAACACUGGCACGGCCUCUUUCUCAUACGCGGAGAAAACGUUGUGUUACUUGGUGAAAUUGAUCUUGAUCAGGAGGAUGAUGUCCCAUUACAACAAGUAGAUUAUUCCGUUCUUGAUCCAUAUCACAAGAGGGAUAUCGCACAUAAGAAGGCGCGCGAAGAUUUCAAAUCAAAGGUCUUAUAUGAGCAGAAAGGGUUCUGCAAGGAGGGUGGCGAGGGCGAUGGCUAUUGAUUCGGACUAUCGUACUGUUUAUUCAUUCCUCAUGCAUACUGCCUGUGGGCGUAUUGGUAUUGGUUUAUUGAGUCCA